AUGAAUUCAAGGAAAACAAUUCCCCAUAAUGGCAUGAAAAAGUUGAGGACCAAAAAGGCAAAGAGCAGACUACAUUUAUUCUAUUAUCAUAAAAAUUCUCUGCAAUUUGGUAACAGCAAUGAGGCCGAUAUCAAAUGUGCUACAUCCUUACAUUUAAAACUUCAGUUAAUUGCAGUUUUUCUCUCCCCACUUAUUGGACAGAAGAUUAAAAACUUAUCUCUCUACUCGGAAAUUGUGUUGAAAUUUUGUAGCAAAAUGUCAAAUUUAUUUAAUGGGAAAAAGAAAAGUUGGAUGACAGGACCAGCAUGCCGGCAAGUUGUUGCAACAACAAGAAAUUCUGAAGAAAGUGACCUUGUGGAAGGUGCAUUUUAUAAAAAGGCUUCAUCACCAUGUGCCCAAUUCCGUAUAAACAACUGA